AGCGAAGAGCGGAAGACGAAGAGAAAGAAACGGCGCAAAUCGGAGGAAAAGCGGCGGCGAGGGUUUCCCGGCAACCGGCGCGGCGCCUUUUCUCCCCGGCCGGCGAGCUCCUCCUCUCUCUCUAGAAGCGAAGGAAGGAAGGAGAGAGAGGGGACGGAGGGAGAGGAGGAGGUGGAUGAGGUGGAGAGAUCUUUGCCUCAUUGGGAUUGUAGCUGAUUGGAGGGUUGUUGAUGAUCUUGGCUUUUGGGUUUUUGGAUUUUUCCCGGGGAAUGAGGUUCUUGGGGGAGUGGUAGAGGAGGGCGGGAAUUUGAGAAAUUUGGAGCCUUGAUCUGGGUUCUUUGUUUUUGUUUGUGUUUUUGGGGGUUUCUUGUUGUUAAAUUUAGGGAUUUGGAUGUUCUUUGAGGAGGUUUGGUUGGGGAGCUUCUUAGAAUCUUGACUGAAUUGGGAGGGUCGUUAUGGCUGCUCCACCUAAUAUUGCCAUAGGAACCCACGUUUGGGUUGAUGACCCUGUUGUGGCUUGGAUAGACGGGGAAGUUUUGGAGGCCAAUAGUGAGGAGAUUAAGGUCCUCUGUACUUCAGGAAAUACAGUUGUGGCUAAAGUGCCCAAUGUGCAUGCGAAGGAUGCUGAAGCACCUGUUUGUGGUGUUGAUGACAUGACAAAGCUUGCUUAUUUACAUGAACCUGGAGUGUUGCAAAACCUGCGAUCAAGAUAUGACAUGAAUGAAAUUUAUACUUACACUGGAAGUAUUUUGAUUGCGGUGAACCCUUUUAAAAGAUUGCCUGACCUUUAUGAUAACUCCAUGAUGGAAAAGUACAAAGGAGCAGCAAUUGGUGAGCUUGGCCCCCAUCCCUUUGCUGUUGCAGAUGCUGCAUAUAGACUUAUGAUGAAUGAGGGUGUAAGUCAGUCAAUUUUAGUAAGUGGAGAGAGUGGAGCUGGUAAGACAGAAAGCACCAAAAUGCUUAUGCGAUAUCUUGCUUUCAUGGGAGGGAGAGCUGCGGCUGAAGGUCAGAAUGUGGAGCAAAAAGUUUUAGAAUCUAAUCCUGUUCUUGAAGCAUUUGGCAAUGCAAAGACUGUUAGAAACAAUAACUCAAGCCGAUUUGGGAAGUUUGUUGAGCUUCAGUUUGAUAAAAAGGGAAGAAUUUCUGGAGCUGCAAUCAGAACAUACCUGCUUGAAAGAUCACGUGUUUGUCAAAUAUCUGAUCCUGAGAGAAACUACCAUUGUUUUUAUAUGCUCUGUGCUGCCCCUCAAGAGGACAUUGACAGAUAUAAGUUGGCCAAUCCUAGAACUUAUCAUUAUUUAAACCAGUCCAACUGUUAUGAGCUUGAUGGAGUUGAUGAUUCUAAAGAAUACCUGGAAACCAGGAGAGCUAUGGAUAUUGUUGGAAUAAGUUCUGAUGAACAGGAUGCAAUUUUCCGAGUUGUGUCUGCUGUUCUUCAUCUAGGGAACAUUGAAUUUUCAGAAGGGGAUGAAGUAGAUUCAUCCAAGCCCAAAGAUGAAAAGUCUCGUUUCCAUUUAAGAACCGCAGCUGAGCUUUUCAUGUGUGAUGUGGGGGAUCUAGAGGAUAGCUUGUGCAAGAGAAUCAUUGUAACUCGUGAUGAAAACAUUACCAAAAGUCUUGAUCCAGAAGGUGCGACUCUUAGCAGAGAUUCACUGGCAAAAAUUGUUUAUUCAAGAUUGUUUGACUGGAUCGUUGACAAAAUCAACUGCUCUAUUGGUCAAGACUCUGAUUCUAAAUCUUUGAUUGGUGUUUUGGAUAUAUAUGGCUUUGAAAGCUUCAAGACAAACAGUUUUGAGCAAUUUUGUAUCAAUUUGACGAACGAGAAACUGCAGCAACAUUUUAAUCAGCAUGUCUUUAAGAUGGAACAGGAAGAAUACACAAAAGAAGAGAUCGAUUGGAGCUACAUUGAGUUCAUUGACAAUCAGGACGUCCUUGAUCUCAUUGAAAAGAAACCUGGAGGGAUCAUUGCACUUCUUGAUGAGGCUUGUGUAUUGCCAAGAUCAACACAUGAGACAUUUGCAGAGAAGUUGUAUCAAACUUUUAAAAAUCAUAAACGCUUCAGCAAGCCAAAACUAGCUCGCUCUGAUUUUACUGUUUCUCACUAUGCUGGUGAUGUUACAUAUCAGACUGAGUUAUUCUUGGACAAGAACAAAGAUUAUGUUGUGGCUGAGCAUCAAGCGCUCUUGUGUGCUUCUAAGUGUUCCUUUAUUGCUGGUUUAUUUCCACCUCUUCCUGAGGAUUCAUCUAAAUCUUCAAAGUUUUCAUCAAUUGGCUCAAGAUUUAAGCAACAAUUGCAAUCUCUGCUAGAGACUCUUAGUGCUACUGAGCCACACUAUAUUCGCUGUGUUAAACCUAAUAAUCUUCUCAAGCCGGCAAUAUUUGAGAAUAAUAAUAUUCUUCAGCAGCUCCGCUGUGGGGGAGUAAUGGAGGCGAUUAGAAUAAGCUGUGCUGGAUAUCCAACAAGGCGCACAUUUUCUGAAUUUGUAGAUCGCUUUGGCAUUCUUUCACCUGAUGUGCUGCACAAAAGUUGUGAUGAGGUCACUGCAUCAAGGAUGCUGCUUGAAAAAGGAUCUUUGGAGGGUUAUCAGAUUGGGAAGACAAAGGUGUUUCUUCGUGCUGGUCAGAUGGCAGAACUGGAUGCGCGAAGAACUGACGUGUUAGGUAGAUCUGCUAGCAUAAUCCAAAGGAAAGUCCGCACAUAUUUUUGCCGGAAGCAUUUCAUUUUACUGCAAAAAUCAGCUAUUCAGCUUCAAACUGUUUGCAGAGGUCAACUUGCUCAACGACUUUAUGAAAACAUCCGUAGACAAGCUGCUUCUCUGAAAGUUCAAACAUACUUCCGCAUGUAUUCUGCUCAGAAAGUUUACAGAGGAUUGUCUUCUUCAUCUGUUAUCAUUCAAGCUUGUUGUCGUGGGAUGACUGCUCGCAAAGAACUUCAAUUCAGGAAGCAGACAAGAGCUGCAAUUGUUAUUCAAAGUUGUUACCGUCAAUACCUGGAGCAUGGAUAUUAUUCUAGGAUAAAGAAGGCGGCGAUGACUACACAAUGUGCUUGGAGAGGAAGGCUUGCUAGAAGGGAGCUUCGAAAGCUUAAAAUGGCUGCAAAGGAAACUGGUGCACUUCAAGCUGCCAAAGAUAAGUUGGAAAAACAAGUUCAGGAGCUAACCUUGAUGCUGGAGCUUGAGAAACAGAUGAGAGUUGACAUGGAGGAAGCUAAGACACAAGAAAAUGCAAAGUUGCAACAUGCCUUGCAGGAGAUGGAGCAACAAUUCAGUGAAACCAAAGCUAUGUUACUAGAAGAGCGGGAGGUCUCCAAGAAGGCUGCUGAGGUAGUUCCAGUCAUACGAGAGAUCCCAGUCAUUGAUACAGCUAUGAUGGAAAAGCUCACUGUUGAAAAUGAGAAACUCAAGGCUUUGGUGAUCUCUCUUGAAAGCAAGAUUGAUGAAACUGAGAGGAAAUACGCAGAAACAAACAGGGUUAGUGAAGACAGGCUGAAGAAGGCGUUGGAGGCUGAAUCAAAGAUUAUUCAGCUGAAUGAUGCAAUGCAUAGACUCGAAGAAAAAUUAUCUAAUUUUGAAUCUGAGGAUCAAAUUAUUCGACAGCAGAGCCUGCUGAGUUCCUCCGUAAAAUAUCCAUCAGUUCCAACCAUGUUGAAAAAACAUAACUCAGAGAACAGCCGGCUUAACAUGGAAUUGAUUAAGGAACCCCAAAGUGCUCCUCCUGCUAUCAAGGAUUCUACAAGUUCUGAUCCUAACUUGAGAAGAUCUUAUACUCAGAGGGUGAAUGAAAAUGUUGACAUCCUCAUCAAUUGUGUUGUGCAAAAUAUUGGGUUCAGUGAUGGCAGACCAGUUGCAGCAUUUACCAUAUACAAAUGUCUUCUUCACUGGAAAUGUUUUGAAGCUGAGAAAACUAGUGUUUUUGACCGUCUUAUUCAGAUGAUUGGUUCUGUUAUUGAGAAUGAGGAGAACAACAGCCAGCUAGCUUACUGGCUAUCCAAUGUGUCUACAUUGUUAUUCCUGCUUCAACAGAAUCUCAAAGCUUCUCGUGGGGGUGGUUCUGUUCCGUGCCCAAAACCUCCUCCUCCUACUUCUUUGUUUGGGAGGAUGACCCAAGGACUCCGUUCUUCCCUAUCUUCUGCAAACAUUGAAGUAGAUGGACUGGAUUUUGUUCGAAAAGUUGAGGCCAAAUACCCUGCUUUGCUUUUUAAGCAGCAGCUUGCAGCUUAUGAAGAGAAGAUUUACAGCAUUAUCCGUGACAAUGUGAAGAAAGAUUUGACUUCUUUGCUUUCCAUCUGUAUCCAGGCACCAAAGACAGCCAAGGCAGCUUUGCUGCAAGGAUCUGGGGGUUCUUUUCAUAAUCAUACUCAGAGUGAUUGGAAUCGAAUUAUUGAGAACCUCAAUAAUCUUCUGGAAGCCUUACAAGAAAAUCAUGUCCCUCCACUUCUUAUUGAGAAAAUCUUCACUCAAGUUUUUUCAUUCAUCAAUGUGCAACUCUUCAAUAGUCUUCUAAAUCCUGAAUUUUGCUCCUUCGGCAAUGGGGAAUAUGUAAAAUCUGGUUUAGAUGAAUUGGAGCUAUGGUGUGGACAAACAAAACCUGAGUAUGUUGGGUCAGCUUGGGAUGAGCUUAAGCACACAAGACAAGCUGUUGGUUUCCUGGUAAUAUUCAAGAAGUUUAGAAUUUCAUACGAUGAGAUCAUCAAUGAUCUCUGCCCGAUCCUGACUGUCCAACAACUUCACAAAAUUUGCACACAAUACUGGGAUGACAAAUACGACACACAAAGUGUAUCACCUGAAGUCCUCUCAGAUAUGGAAGAAGUAAUGGCAGAGCAGUCUAGUGAUGCCAACACUAACUCCAACUCCGAAACUUUCCUACUUGAAGAUAAUCCCAGCAUACCCUUCUCAGUAGAUGACAUAUCAAGUUCAUUACAAGGGCAGGAUUUAUCAAACAUUAAACUUGCAGAGGAGCUGCUUGAGAAUCCAAUCUUCCACUUUUUGCAAGAGUGAGAGACACAGUCUUGGAAACACAUUUAGUAGGUUUGUCUAUAAAAAACCAGAGUCUUACUUUCUCCUCUCCAUUGCUGUAAAUCCAUCCAUUCUUUUUACCCUUCAUUUUAGGGUUUAUAAAAUUAUUCCUUGAAUUUAGGGUUGUAUUCAUCAGAGGUUUGAUCACUAUUAAGUGUGGGAUGAUUUCUCAUUUUCUCCCCCCUCAAUAGUGUUCUUUCCCUCAUAUUAUAUAUUUAUAUAUAGUGUACUACUCCUAUGUUAUAAUAUAAUAUAGUAUUAUUUAUAGGCAAGUUCUCCACUAGAUCAACAUAGGCCAUUUUAAUAUUUGGGAGGUGAAAAGGAAAAUCUCCACUACUAAGUUCCUCUUUUUUUCUUUUUUCUUUUUUUAAUUGUGUAAAAUAUUCGGAUGUUUCAAAUUAUUAUAUAUUUUUUUAUUUUAUUGAGUUUAUUAAUAU